AUGGAGAACCCAUUCGAGGCCUUGCGGCCGGCUCUCCGCAGCGAAGAAGAUGAAAUUCGCAAAGGCGUUUUCAGUCAAGCACUGCGCAACCUUCAACAGGCGUCCUUAGAAGAGCGCCGUAGGUGGUGCAAGGCGAUUCGUGAGUCCACCACACGCGGGGGUGCAAAGGCCAAAAAAAAGGCCAUUUCCGCUGCUGCAGUUGCCGAGUCGUCCGACAACACCGGCACCUCUGCUCCCAUCGCCUCCCCUCCGCAACGCACGCCAAGUAACACUGCGGCAUCCGCCUCGCCUCCGACAAUGUCUGUACUUACAGCAGCGCCGCCCACACAGGAGGUUCACGUCGCAGUUGGGCAGAAACGCGCACGCAGCGAGAGCGAGACCUCUCCAACCGGCUUCCCGGCAACGCGCCUCAGUGGACCACUAGAGGACCCCUUGAUGCCUUGUGCACCACAGACCCCAGAGACGAUGCCCGAGGCAACCAUAGUGAGCUCGCAGCCAUUUCUUACCGGCGUUCUCGCACCAACAAAUGGCGAGCCGUCAUCAGGUGCAGCUGCAUCGGAUUCGGUAGCUGAAGAAACGGAAGAGUCGAUAAAGGAGUGCAUUGCAGCGUACAUGCGUAGCCUUCUUGACCGAGUUGUUGGUACCGGCAUCGACAACCUCGCUGUCCCCGCCCUCAAGGUGCUGUGCAUGAUGCUGGGUAUUCACACCGAGGUGUCGAGCAAGCUGGGCCUGUACAGCAUACUCGCUGACUUCUACUUUAGCAAGUGCGCAAAGCUCGGCAAGCGGGUGAGCCAUGAGACGGCUUUCGAGCAGCAGGUGAGCAUAGCGAAGCGAAUGACGUCUGUGUCGUCCUCAUCUGCUCGCACAGAAAAGAAAGUGGCGCCCGAGAAGGCUGCAGUGUCAAUCACAAAGUCAGUCGUCCCCCUUUCGGAGAAGGCGGCAAAGACGGAGGUGAGGAGGAAGGAGAUGGUGGAACGGAAGAAAACCCUUUCAGCCCCGCUCCCUAAUCCCAAACGUGCGGCAAAGGCGUUGCCUCGACCCGACCCGGUCACAGAACACUACCUCAAGUAUGAAAACUACAACGGCGACACCUUCGAAAACGACGCGGCGGUGGCAACGCCGGCCUGCAGUCACCAGUAUGACGGCAACGUCAUAUACCAGCAGCCAGUGUUCGCGCGGCCAAGCAACCAAACAGUUUUGCCGUCGCACAUGGCCAAGUACGAGAGGAGUGGUGCAGGGGCCGAAGAGGAUGAGUCGUGGCCGUUGCCACUGCUAGAGCGCAAGGUCGCCUCUAUUGUGCAGCUGUACGACCCUGUGACAGUAGCCAUUGUGGUGAAGAAACUGACGCAAAUGGGCUACCGUGACGGCGGCGCAGAGUCGCACGUUGAGCAGAUCUUGCGGCGCUUCCAUGAGCGUCAGCUAAUAUUUUAUGACAACGGCAUCGCCUACCUUAUGUGA